ACUAGGCACUAGGCAAAUUAGCAAGAAACCAUGGCAGCAGCGGUGCUACUAGUGGCUGCGGCGGUGGUGGCGAUGGCGGUGGCGUCGACACAGCGCGCGGCGGCGGCGGACGACGCCCCGCUGCCGCUGGUGGCCCCUGCGCCGGUAGGGCUGCCGAACUGCACGACCACGUGCGGCGACGUGCUGGUGCCGUACCCCUUCGGCCUGGGCCCGCCGCGCUGCUCCUGGCCGGGCUUCAACCUCACCUGCGCCGACGACACCGCCAGCCGCCCCGGCGCGCCGCCGCGGCUGCUCCUCGGCGACGGCACCCUCGAGGUCGUGGACGUCUCCCUCCGGAACACCGCCGUCCGCGUGGUUCGCCGCGGCGCCGUCGCCAACGUCACCUCCGGCCGGAACGUCACGUUCGGGCGCAGCUUCACGGGCGGCUACAGCGGCUACACGCUGUCGGACCGCAACGAGCUCGUCCUCUCCGGCUGCAACGUGGUGGCGGUGCUGGUCGGGGACCUCGACGAGUACUCCAACAUCAUCAGCGGCUGCGCCUCCUUGUGCUCCUCCGACGACGGCACCAGCAAGGGCGACAUCAGGCAGCCGGCCGGCAAGUUCUGCUCCGGCCUGGGCUGCUGCCAGGCGCCCGUCACCAUGAACUACAGCAGGCCCGAGGGCGUGCAGGUCAGCUGGCUCCGGGGCGGCGACGACCGCCGGCAGGACCUCCUCCGGCUGGAGCCCUUCGUGCUCGUCGCCGAGAAGGGGUGGUUCGACCAGAGCCCGGUGGCCGACCAGCUGGUGGGGCCCCCAGGCGGGAGCCAGAGGCCGGACGCCGCCGCGAUUGAGGUCCCCCUCGUCCUGCAGUGGACGGUCACCAACGUAGCCCCGCCCGACGACAGGUACCCCGGGCCGGCGUGCUCGCCGGCGGUGGCCCAGAGGCUCUGCAGGAGCGCCAACAGCGAGUGCACGACCAACGGCAACGGCGACUACUCGUGCCAGUGCCGAGAGGGCUACGACGGCAACCCUUACCUCGACGGCGGAUGCCAAGAUAUCAACGAGUGCAAGCUGCCGCCGGAGGUCAAUGGCUGCUUCGGCGACUGCUCCAACACGGAGGGACGGUUCGUCUGCCGGUGCCCGCCACGAACCAAUGGCGACCACACUCAGAAAGGUGGCUGCGCCCCGGCUGCUUUGACAGGUCAGUACCGUUAA